GUCGGUCUUUUCAGUUACCACGUGAACCGCCGACGGAGACCCGGGAGGGGGGAGGUGGCGGCGGCGUUAAGUGAGAAAGGGGGAAAAGGAGGAGAGAGAGAGAGAGAGAGAAAAAAAAGAAAAGAAAAAAAAAAAGAGGCGAAGGGAGUGUCAGGACAGGGCGGGCGCGGCGACCCCGGAGGCCUAGUGGCGGCGGAGUGAAGGCUUCAAGGCUGAAGUGAGCUCGGGAACGGCAGUGGCGGCGGCGGGCGGACAAACGGACUGAGCGAGCCGGGCGGUGGCGGGAGCCGCGGGAGGAGCCGGAACCAUGCCGGCCGUGAGCCUCCCGCCCAAGGAGAACGCGCUCUUCAAGCGGAUCUUGAGAUGUUAUGAACAUAAACAGUAUAGAAAUGGAUUGAAGUUCUGUAAACAAAUCCUUUCCAAUCCCAAAUUUGCAGAGCAUGGAGAAACCCUGGCUAUGAAAGGAUUAACGUUGAACUGUUUGGGAAAAAAGGAAGAAGCUUAUGAAUUGGUUCGCAGAGGUUUGAGAAAUGACUUAAAGAGUCAUGUGUGUUGGCAUGUUUAUGGCCUUCUUCAAAGGUCAGACAAGAAGUAUGAUGAAGCCAUUAAGUGCUACAGAAAUGCACUGAAAUGGGAUAAAGACAAUCUUCAGAUCUUAAGAGAUCUUUCCUUACUGCAGAUUCAAAUGCGAGAUCUUGAGGGCUAUAGGGAAACAAGAUACCAGUUGCUUCAGCUUCGGCCUGCACAGAGAGCAUCAUGGAUUGGUUAUGCUAUUGCUUACCAUUUAUUAGAAGACUAUGAAAUGGCAGCAAAAAUUUUAGAAGAGUUUAGGAAAACACAGCAGACAUCUCCUGAUAAAGUGGAUUAUGAAUAUAGUGAACUCCUCUUAUAUCAGAAUCAAGUUCUUCGGGAAGCAGGUCUUUAUAGAGAAGCCCUGGAACAUCUUUGUACCUAUGAAAAGCAGAUUUGUGAUAAACUUGCUGUUGAAGAAACCAAAGGGGAACUUCUGUUGCAGUUGUGUCGUUUGGAAGAUGCUGCUGACGUUUAUAGAGGAUUACAAGAGAGGAAUCCUGAAAAUUGGGCCUAUUACAAAGGCUUAGAAAAAGCACUGAAGCCAGCUAAUAUGUUAGAACGGCUAAAAAUAUAUGAGGAAGCCUGGACUAAAUACCCCAGGGGACUCGUGCCAAGAAGGCUGCCCUUAAACUUUUUAUCUGGAGAGAAGUUUAAGGAGUGUUUGGAUAGGUUCCUAAGGAUGAAUUUCAGCAAGGGCUGUCCACCUGUCUUCAAUACCUUGAGGUCUUUAUACAGAGAUAAAGAGAAGGUGGCAAUCGUAGAAGAACUAGUAGUUGGUUAUGAAACUUCUCUAAAAAGUUGUCGCCUAUUUAACCCCAAUGAUGAUGGAAAGGAGGAACCUCCAACCACAUUACUUUGGGUCCAGUACUAUUUGGCACAGCAUUAUGAUAAAAUUGGUCAGCCAUCCAUUGCUCUGGAAUACAUAAAUACUGCAAUUGAAAGUACACCAACAUUGAUAGAACUCUUUCUUGUAAAAGCUAAAAUCUAUAAGCAUGCUGGGAAUAUUAAAGAAGCUGCCAGGUGGAUGGAUGAAGCCCAGGCCCUGGACACAGCAGACAGAUUUAUUAAUUCCAAGUGUGCAAAAUACAUGUUAAAAGCCAACCUGAUUAAAGAGGCUGAAGAAAUGUGUUCCAAGUUUACGAGGGAAGGAACUUCAGCGGUAGAGAACCUGAAUGAAAUGCAGUGUAUGUGGUUCCAGACAGAGUGUGCUCAGGCAUACAAAGCAAUGAACAAAUUUGGUGAAGCACUUAAGAAAUGUCAUGAAAUUGAGAGACAUUUUAUAGAAAUCACCGAUGACCAGUUUGACUUUCAUACAUACUGUAUGAGGAAGAUCACCCUUAGAUCAUAUGUGGACUUAUUAAAACUAGAAGAUGUACUUCGACAGCAUCCAUUUUACUUCAAAGCAGCGAGGAUUGCUAUUGAGAUCUAUUUGAAGCUUCAUGACAACCCUCUGACAGAUGAGAACAAAGAACACGAGGCUGAUACAGCAAACAUGUCUGACAAAGAGCUAAAGAAACUGCGUAAUAAACAAAGAAGAGCUCAAAAGAAAGCCCAGAUAGAAGAAGAGAAAAAAAAUGCAGAAAAAGAAAAGCAGCAACGGAAUCAGAAAAAGAAAAAGGAUGAUGAUGACGAAGAAAUUGGAGGCCCCAAAGAAGAGCUUAUCCCUGAGAAACUGGCCAAGGUUGAAACUCCAUUGGAAGAAGCUAUUAAGUUUUUAACACCAUUGAAGAACUUGGUGAAGAACAAGAUAGAAACUCAUCUUUUUGCCUUUGAGAUCUACUUUAGGAAAGAAAAGUUUCUUUUGAUGCUACAAUCAGUAAAGCGGGCAUUUGCUAUUGAUUCUAGUCAUCCCUGGCUUCAUGAGUGCAUGAUUCGACUCUUUCAUUCUGUGUGUGAAAGUAAAGACUUACCCGAAACAGUUAGAACAGUAUUAAAACAAGAAAUGAAUCGUCUUUUUGGAGCAACAAAUCCAAAGAAUUUUAAUGAAACCUUUCUGAAAAGGAAUUCUGAUUCAUUGCCACAUAGAUUAUCAGCUGCCAAAAUGGUAUAUUAUUUAGAUUCUUCUAGUCAAAAACGAGCAAUAGAGCUGGCGACAACACUUGAUGGAUCCCUCACCAACAGAAACCUUCAGACUUGCAUGGAGGUGUUGGAAGCCUUGUGUGAUGGUAGCCUAGGAGACUGUAAAGAAGCUGCCGAAGCCUACAGAGCAAGUUGUCAUAAGCUUUUCCCUUAUGCUUUGGCUUUCAUGCCUCCUGGAUACGAAGAGGAUAUGAAGAUCACAGUGAACGGAGAUAGUUCUGCAGAAACGGAAGAACUGGCCAAUGAAAUCUGAACAUCAUUAAACAAGCAAAUGGAAUGACUUUGGACCAUAUCUAGUGUAUAAUAUUUUUGUCACGCACCUGCUGCAUUGCUCUUACUUACACAGAAUGAGAGGAGUAAAUGUUCUUGCCUUCAAAUAGUCUUACGUUUUUUAUCCUGCUGAAAACUAUAUAUAAAAUAUCUAACAUUACAGGAUAUAGGUUCAGUUUCUUAAAAAAUUAAAAGCUGCUAAAAUUGAGGGGUUUAAAAGAAAAAAAAAAUCCGUAUCCUAUUCCUACCUUCCCUUCCCAUGUUUUUAACUAAUUUAUAUAAAAUCUGGAGGCUAUAACAGCUAACAUAGCAGGUGUGUGGCAGAAAUAUUACUUUAAAUUUGUCUUGUGAGAUUUUGCUAUAUCUCAGACAGCAUAAAUAAAUGCUGUUUUAGCACUGGAUUCUUUCACUGAGCACAAAGAGUUGUUGGGGCUUUAGCAUCUGCCUGAUUCUGUUACGGGGUUGGUGAUUGACCAUAGGAAGUAUGCAAUGUGAAUCACUGUGUACAGAGCCGUCUACAACACAUGCUUGACGUUGUAGAGACUGGGACACAUAGCUACCAAGCGGAUUAAGUGAAACCUAGAAGGUGUUCAGUACGUGUGUUGUGUUUCCAAAAUUCACUGUACAUGAUCAGUUUGGUGUUCUUGUACCACAGUUUUUAACCGAAGGAACCAGUUGGAACAAUCUCAAUUUAACUAAAACUUGAAGAACUAAAAUAACAAUGCAAACCUUUAGCAUUGUUUUGGCCAAACUUGUUAAAACUGUAAUGCAAGAACCAAAUGCACUGUGAUGUGGCACCAACUAAUUAGCAAGCAUGAAUUUUUCACCUGAGAGUGAAAAAAGAAAACUCUACCAUGGCUUGAAGUUACAGAGCAGAACUCCUGACUACCAUUCUAUGACUGAUGAAGAGACUAAUAGCUAAAACCUCAGCAGGCCUUGUUCACGAUAUGCAGAAAAGUGCUGCAGUUUAGAUACCUCUGGAACUUUUCCACAGUGUCACAGGUUUGUAAUACUUGAAGCCCUUCAUUUCUAAGAAUAUAUUUCUCGCUCAGUUGUUUCAGGCAAGCCCAAGACUUUGUAAUUUUUAAAGGGCCCAAGAUUUUUUUUUCAAUAACAGACCAGCUUCUUUUUCCUGCAGUUACAAAUGUAAUUUCUUUUUUUUUUUGUUGUCAAACAUAAGGUACCAAAUAUGCAAUAAAUUGUUUUGAAAAACAGUUGUGUGAAUAUUUCCACUAACCUGAGUUGGGCUUCUGUGAAAUGCACAGGUGGAAACAGAGGUUGCAAGCCAGAGGCAAUGAAACACACUGUAGGGCUAGUAUAGAGGGGAGCUUUUAGAGCCGGCUAAGUGGUGGUGUCAGGAAAGUUCCAGAACUAAGCAGAAUGCUGCUCCUUUGUUCAGAUUUCACUGAGGCUAGGAUGGUGGCAGAUCCUGUGAAUGUAAUUCAAAUCAGAAAGGAAAAGUAAACAUGACCAUUUGGAUUGGGAAACCGAGCCUUAAACAAGUCAAACCUGUACACUGAGAACGAGCCUCAGGCUUAAUAUUUCUUUAUGUUUGCAAGGUCUGAGCAAUUAAGUUCAAUGAAUUAAGUGUAUAUAAAAUAGAACUUUUGUAGUAUUUUAGUUAUACAUAGUACAUACACUAAAGGGAAUUUUCAGAAGAUCAGAUCCUUUUAUUUCAUAGUACAUGAUCUGCAUUCCACAUCCCAGUCUAGCAGGUUAGUGAUGCAAAGAUACUUCCAGUCUGAACUUCAGUGCUUACACAGGCCCUGUCUCAGGAACAUCUUAACAGAUGGCAAAAAAAAGUGAGCAGACUUUACGAAUUUUUCUCCUAUGAGUGGCAACUAAGGUUCCUGUUGUUUGGAAAAAACACUAGUGGUAUGUCCGCUACUAAUUCAGUGUUGGAGGAGGCACCAGCCAUAUAGUAGGGGUGUGUGUGUGUGUGUGUGUGUGUGCGCGCGCGCGCGCGCGUGUGUAUUUGUUUAAAUUCUACUGUAUAUCACCAUGAAAUCUGUCUGUUUGUCUUGACAAUGUUUAAAUGAUGUAGAUUGUCUUAGAAUGAAUACUCAGAAGUACUCAGAACUCCGAUUCCGAUGCCACCCGAGAGGAGUCAGACUCCUGUCAUGUAUAUUGUAUUCCAACCAAUUUACUGGAACUAUUGAAUAAAUCUUUAUUUUCUUUCAGGUUUAUUUGACAGUGGAUACAUUGUCUGGUGUCACAGGACCUUGACUGGGUUCACCUAAAACAUUGUACUUUACUCUGAGUAUAUAUUUAUUUCAACUGGAUCAUUUCACAUUUACCCCGUUGAUAUUCAGUUAAUUAUCAGUGAUACUGUGGGGGAAAACAGGGUUAGAUAAACAAGUUGGAAAAAUGCAGUGUGAUGUUGUAAUCUAAACAAGUGCCUUAUGUUUAUUGCUAAGAACUGGUGUUAUCAACCCUUUUACUAAGAAGGGUCCCUCGGCCUGUAUUCAUGUAGGAAAGUGAAGAGCCUUCUGUUUUCUUCAUAGUCACUUACUGUCAUGUCUCAUUGAAAGUUACAAUCUGACGAGCUUAGUUUACUUAGCUUUAAUUAGAUAGGUGAGUCAUACAUUUUCACCAUUUUUUCCUGUAUUUAUUAUGCACAAUAAAAUGAUCUCUAAUAGCAUGACUAAAAGUAGUGCCGAUGUUGCUGGAAAGCUUUCUGGGUCGUACGAGGCCCUGUUUUUUCACCGUGAUUGUACCGCAUGCUCUACUACUCUCAGCUGUGAAGUGAAAGCUGUGAAUGUAUGAAGAGCUCAGAAAACCAUGGAGUGUUGUGACAAACUCACAUCCUUUCUAAUCAAUUGGUAAGACUUUCUGUUGCCGGGCAUAGCAUCUGUUUGGGGAAAGCUAAAAGGGAAAUACUGAAAAUGCUAGGCAUUUGUUAUUUUAGAUAAUUACUGUCCUUGGAUUCUGCAGGUCGACCUUCCUGAUGGGAGGAGUCUUCCUAUCUGCAUCGUGCUCCUGGUUCUUACAUUUAAGGAUUCUUACUACCGUUUUGCUGUUGUCUAAGCUUUGCUGAACCCAUUGUUAAGUCUAAGACACAAACCCAUGAAAUGGCUGUGUUGCGCCAUAGGAAGCAGAAAUGGUUUCAGUUUCUGCUGGUUGAAAAUUGAACAACUUGUAGCAAUAAAAAGCUUUUGGAAAAGGUUA